CUGAAACUUGAGAACGGAGGUGGAAGAUGCUACCCGCCAUUUCUCUCUCAACGACAGUAACCGUCAAAACUAACAUAACGGUAACCUUAAAUUCCCAUCCUCGCAAACUCAACUUUAAUUCCACUCUUAGAUUUCUCUCCAAGUCCGGUAAUUUAGACGAGGCCCUCCGCCUAAUCGAGUCGUCGCCGUCGAAGCCCACUGCCUGUGAACCAGAUGAUAUCGAGGCACUCUCCUUCCUCCUUCAUGCCUGCAUCUCCAGAAAGUCCUUCUCGCAUGGCCUAAAGCUCUACUUGCACUUCCUUCGAUCGCCAGACAGAUUCAAGCAAGACCUUUUGCGUAACCCCAUUUUGAAGAGCAAGCUCAUCACGCUCUUCUCUGUUUGUGGUCGGAUAGAUGAGGCUCGCCGGAUUUUCAACUUCGGCCCUGAAGAUGAAAAGAUGUCGCAGUCGGUGUGGGUGGCUAUGGCGAUUGCGUACUCCAGAAAUGGAUUUUCCAACGAAGGUUUGGUGUUAUACUGUGAAAUGUUAUCAGCCCGAUAUGUUCGACCUAACAAUUUCGCGUUUUCCAUGGCUCUUAAGGCCUGUGCUGAUACGUCUAAUUCGUUGGUGGGUAGAGCAGUUCAUGCUCAAAUCAUUAAGAGUGAUGAGGAAGCAGAUCAAGUGGUGAAUAAUGCACUUUUGAGGUUCUAUGUCGAGUGUGGGUGCCUGGGAGAGGCCCUAAAGGUGUUUGAGGAAAUGCCUCAACGAAAUGUGGUUUCUUGGAACACUUUAAUCGCUGGUGUUGCAGCUCAAGACAAAGUGUCUGAGACAUUUGAUGCGUUUAGAGUUAUGCAGGGACAGAAUAUCAGGUUCAGUUGGGUUACUCUUACAACAAUCUUGUCUAUGUGUGCUCGGGCUACUGCACUUCAUAGUGGCAAGGAGAUACAUGCGCAGAUUGUGAAGUCCGGGAAGAAAGGUGAUAUGCCAUUGCUCAACUCAUUGAUGGACAUGUAUGCCAAAUGUGGAGCCCUUGAUUACUGUAAGAAGGUAUUUUACAGCAUGCAGAAUAGGGAUUUGACUUCAUGGAAUACAAUGCUGACAGGCUAUGCAAUAAAUGGAUAUAUUGAAGAAGCCAUGGCCUUAUUUGAUGAAAUGAUGGGUUAUGGCAUGAGGCCAGAUGGUAUUACCUUCAUUGCCUUGCUUUCAGGUUGUAGCUAUUCAGGACUUGCUGACAAAGGGCAAGAAUUAUUCAAUAUGAUGGAGGAUUAUGAGGUGAAACCAUCUGUGGAGCAUUAUGCUUGUUUAGUAGACAUAUUAGGCAGGGCAGGGAGAAUCGACGAAGCGUUAUCUUUGGUACAAAACAUGCCAAUGAAUCCAAGUGGUAGCAUCUGGGGAUCCUUGCUUAACUCAUGUCGUCUUCACGGAAAUGUUCCUCUUGCAGAGGUUGUUGCCAAGAAAUUGUUUGAGACUGAACCUUACAAUCCUGGCAACUACGUGAUGCUCUCAAACAUCUAUGCAAAAGCAGAAAUGUGGCAUGGUGUGAAGAGAGUUAGGGAGAUGAUGGCCAUGAGAGGAAUAAAGAAAGAGGCUGGAUGUAGCUGGACACAGAUAAAGCAUAGAAUCCAUACAUUCAUCGCCGGGGGAAGCUCAGAAUUUCGUUCUUCAGCUGAGUAUUUGAAAACCUGGAAUGAGUUAUCUGAUGCUAUCAAAGAAGCAGGGUAUAUCCCUGACACUGGUGUUGUUCUUCAUGAUGUAAAUGAAGAGAUGAAGGUGACAUGGGUUUGUGGGCAUAGUGAACGCAUUGCAGCUGUCUUCUCGCUUAUCCAUACUGCUGAUGGAAUGCCAAUCAGGAUUACAAAUAAUCUUCGGGUUUGUGGAGAUUGCCACUCCUGGAUGAAGGCUGUUUCAAGAGUUACUGGGAGGGGGAUUGUAUUGAGAGAUACUAACAGGUUUCAUCAUUUUGUAAAUGGUUCUUGUUCUUGUAAGGACUUCUGGUGAAUCAAUAACCCUAACAUUCAUAAUU